AUGCCGACAUUCAAAAAUACAGAAAAUCAUGAAUUAGCACCAAGAAUGUAUCGUGAAGAAGAGCAACAUUCAAAAAUUUCUAUUCAACAAUCACAACCUAUUCCAAUAGUAGCACCAUCUGGUAAACAACCUAUGCCUUGUAUGUGUCCUUAUUGUCAUCAUUCAAUUGUUUCACGUGUUGAAAAAUCAAAUGGUUUAGUUGUAUGGCUUGCUUCAGCUGGAAUAUGUCUUUUAGGAUGUGCAGUUGGUUGUUGUCUUAUUCCAUUUUUUAUUGAUGAUCUCAAAGAUACAACUCAUUACUGUCCUAAUUGUAAUAGAGUUAUUGGACGCGAUAAAAAAUUAUAA